AUGGACGCCGUCGACGUCUCCGACCACUACCAAGUCUCCACGGUCGAGGAGACACCAUCCCUGCUCGCCGUCGUCAUCGACACCAACCCGCGCGCCUGGGCCGCUCUCGACGACCGACUGCCGCUUUCAAAGGCCAUCGCAAACAUCCUCGUCUUCGUCAACGCCCACCUGGCCUUUAGCAACGUCAACCAAGUCGCCGUAAUCGCCGCCCACGUCAACCGCGCCGUCUGGCUCUAUCCCGCGCCACCUCGUGUCGCCUCUCCCGAUGCCUCUGGCGACGUGUCCAUGAGCGACGCGCCGCCCGAGAAUGCUCCGUCUUCGGCCAACAAGUUUCCCCAGUUCGCCCACAUCGAGUCGACCGUCAUGGCGUCGAUGCAGAAGCUCAUGAGAGAGACCACACAGGACGACAUGGACGAGUCGACGACGCGCUUAUCAGGCGCCCUCACCCUGGCCCUCUGCCACAUCAACAAGGCCUCCCAGGCUCUCGGCUCGACGCCCUCCAGCAUGGCUGGCAGUGGCCAGCCCAACACAACGGCUCCUCCACCCUUGAAAGGGCGCAUCCUCGUCGUUUCCGUCUCCGACUCGGAGCCCACCCAGUACAUCCCCACCAUGAACGCCGUCUUCGCCGCUGCUCAUGCCCAGGUCGCCAUCGAUACCCUAGCCCUGGCAGGCGACGCCACUUUUCUUCAACAGGCCUGUUUCAACACUGAAGGCACCUUCCUUGCCGUCUCCAACCCUCAGGGCUUGCUGACCUAUCUCAUGUUUGGCCUUGUCGCCGACACCGAAGCCCGCAAAUUGCUCAUCACCCCGACGCACGAUACCGUCGACUUUCGCGCCGCCUGCUUCUGCCACGGCAAGGUCGUGGACACGGGCUUUGUCUGCUCAAUCUGCCUGAGCAUCUUCUGCGAGCUUCCAGACAAUGCCGAGUGCCUGACGUGCGGAACCAAGCUGGCGCUGGGUAACUACGGUUCCAAGCCUGCCGUCGUGCCCCGCAAAAAGAAGAAGAAGAAGAGGAUUGUCAACGGCAGCGGGAGGGAAGAGACGGGCAGCGCGGCGGGAACCCCUCGUCCCUGA